UAGCUGAUAAAUUCAGUCUUCUAGCAUCAGCCUGGAUUUUCCCCAGGUCAUCUGCUCAGAUCCAAAUAUGUUUCGGAGCCUGCUUUUCUUGUGUGGAUUUGCAGCGGCCGUCAUCAGUUCAGAACUUGAUCGACACUGGGACCUAUGGAAGAAGAUGCAUAAAAAAGUGUAUUCUCGUCAAAUUGAGGAGCUGGGUCGCAGGCGGAUAUGGGAAGAAAACCUGAAAAUGAUUAAUGUCCAUAACCUGGAAGCAUCCCUGGGUUUGCACACCUAUGAACUGGCAAUGAACCACCUGGGAGACUUGACCACUGAGGAAAUCAGGGAUGCUCUAACGGGCACCAUCGUGCCCUCUGACCUGGAGAGGGGUCCUUCCAGCUCCAUCACAGUCAAUUCAUCUCCACCAGUGUCACUGGACUGGAGGGACAAAGGCCUGGUAACUGAGGUCAAAAUGCAGGGUUCUUGUGGCUCUUGCUGGGCCUUCAGUGCAGUUGGAGCUCUGGAAGGGCAACUCAAGAAGUCUACAGGUAUCCUGAUGUCCCUCAGUUCUCAAAAUCUGGUGGACUGCUCCAGAAAAUACGGCAACCAUGGAUGCAACGGUGGCUUCAUGACCAAUGCCUUUCAGUAUGUCAUCAUAAACCAAGGAAUUGAUUCUGAUGCAGCCUACCCCUACACUGGCAAACGUGGUCAAUGCAGGUAUGACCCACUGUAUAUGGCUGCCAACUGCUCCAGCUAUGCCAUGCUACCAGAGGGUGAUGAAUUUGCAUUAAAAGCAGCCUUGGCUCACGUCGGCCCCAUCUCUAUUGCAAUUGAUGCUUCCAGGCCAAAGUUUGUCUUCUACCGUCACGGUGUGUACACUGACUCAACAUGUACGCACAAUGUGAACCAUGGAGUACUGGCUGUGGGUUACGGCAACGAGAGAGGACACGACUACUGGCUGGUCAAAAACAGUUGGGGUGUAAACUACGGAGAUGAGGGCUACAUCAAGAUGGCUCGGAACAGACGCAACCAGUGUGGCAUCGCUCUCUAUGCUUGUUACCCCAUCAUGUGAUCAGCAGAUGGCCUAAGCUUGCUUUUUUUUUCUUUUUUUUUUU